GCCAUUUUCCAUGACCACUUGAGAAAAGGACAUUCCUUUCCUCUGAGAUUCCCUGAUUAAUUUUUACUAUUUCUGAUCCGAUCUCCGUACUCUUUAUUUCACCCCCCAACCCCCCUUUUUUUUAAUUGUUUUAUUUAUUACAUUGUCGUUACCUGAUCGAAUUCAUCAUGGUUUGUGGGUGUUGAAGAUCUGAUUCCAUAUGGAAACAGUGAAUUCUGGGUUUUCGAUUUCACUGCUGCAUUUUAGGUUGGUUGGAUUGGAUGCUGAUGCUGCUGGUUCUCCUCUGGAGAAAAGGCUGUACUUUACUUCUAAUGGAAGAUUUGGGCUUGACUCUGGUUGCUUAUGUCUAAUUACCUUAGUUUUGCUAUCUGGGAAGCUAAGGAGCAAGUUAAAGUGGCAUUUGUCAGUAAUGUCAAGGUCUCCCUCCCCUGAAUCACAAGAUCAUACACUCUUAACUUCUUCCCAGGCUAGGGAAUCAUAUGGAUCAGAUGGAAUGGAUGAUCCAGAAAAUACAAUGGCUAUUGUUGCUCGUUUUAUUGAGCAACUGCAUGCCAACAUGUCCUCCCCAAACGAGAAAGAACUUAUUACAGCCCGUUUGCUGGGCAUUGCUAGAACAAGAAAGGAAGCAAGAGUACUGAUUGGUUCCCAUGCCCAAGCGAUGCCAUUGUUCAUAUCAAUUCUCAGGAAUGGCACACCAGUGGCUAAAGUCAAUGUUGCUGCAACUCUGAGUGUCUUAUGCAAAGAUGAGGACUUGCGAUUAAAGGUGCUCCUCGGAGGAUGCGUUCCACCAUUACUCUCACUUCUGAAGUCCGAAUCAAAUGAGGCAAGGAAGGCAGCUGCAGAAGCAAUAUAUGAAGUUUCCUCUGGUGGGCUUUCUGAUGAUCAUGUUGGCAUGAAAAUUUUUGUUACAGAAGGUGUGGUACCAUCUUUAUGGAAUCAGCUUAAUCCACAGAACAAACAGGAUAAAGUGGUAGAGGGGUUUGUUACUGGGGCUUUGAGGAACCUUUGUGGUGAGAAGGAUGGUUAUUGGAGAGCAACACUUGAAGCUGGAGGUGUAGAUAUUAUUGUGGGUCUUCUGUCAUCUGAUAAUGCUGCUGCUCAGUCCAAUGCAGCUUCCCUCUUAGCCAGGCUGAUGUUGGCUUUCAGUGAUAGCAUUCCCAAAGUUAUAGAAUCUGGAGCUGUCAAAGCUUUGCUUCAGCUUGUUGGUCAGAAUAAUGAUGCUUCUGUUCGUGCCAGUGCAGCAGAUGCUCUGGAAGCUCUUUCUUUAAAGUCAACCAAGGCUAAGAAAGUAGUAGUAGAAGCAGGCGGUGUUCCGGUUUUGAUUGGGGCUAUUGUUGCUCCUUCUAAGGAGUGCAUGCAAGGAGAAUAUGCCCAAGCUCUUCAGAGCCAUGCAACACGGACUUUGGCAAAUAUUUAUGGGGGGAUGUCUAAGUUAGUACUUUAUCUUGGAGGACUAUCCCAGUCUAAUCGCCUAGCUGCACCUGUUGCUGAUAUAAUAGGAGCACUUGCCUACGCACUCAUGGUGUUUGAGCAAAAUCAUGGUGUUGAUGAGGAACACUUUGAUGCAACACGGAUAGAGGAUGUAUUGGUCAUGUUGCUAAAACCUCGUGAUAACAAUUUAGUCCAAGAGCGGGUCCUUGAGGCUAUGGCAAGUCUGUAUGGUAACAUCUAUCUCUCAGAAUGGUUAAAUCAUGCUGAAGCAAAGAAGGUGCUUAUUGGACUCAUAACAAUGGCUGCUGUUGAUGUGCAAGAGUACUUAAUACUUUCUUUAACCAGCUUAUGCUGUGAUGGGGUUGGUGUUUGGGAGUCCAUUGGCAAGCGGGAAGGAGUCCAGUUACUUAUAUCAUUGCUGGGCUUAUCCAGUGAGCAGCAUCAAGAAUAUGCAGUUCAGUUGUUGGCUAUCUUGACUGAGCAGGUUGAUGACAGCAAAUGGGCUAUCACUGCUGCUGGUGGCAUUCCUCCACUGGUACAGUUAUUGGAGACAGGAUCUCAGAAGGCUAGGGAGGAUGCAUCACAUAUUCUAUGGAAUUUGUGUUGCCACAGUGAAGACAUACGUGCCUGUGUUGAAAGUGCAGGAGCAGUACCAGCAUUUUUAUGGCUUUUAAGAAGUGGUGGACCAAAGGGGCAACAAGCCUCUGCUAAGGCCCUUACAGAACUUAUCCGAACAGCUGAUUCUGCCACCAUCAAUCAGCUACUAGCUUUGCUUCUAGGAGAUACUCCAAGCUCUAAGGCCCACAUAAUCAGAGUUUUGGGCCAUGUACUUACAAUGGCAUCACACGCUGAUCUUGUAAAGAAGGGAUCCGCAGCUAACAAAGGACUGAAAUCUCUUGUUCAGGUGCUCAAUUCCUCAAAUGAAGAAAGCCAAGAGAAUGCAGCUUCUGUUCUUGCUGAUCUUUUUAGCACAAGACAAGAUAUCUGUGAUAAUCUUGCAACAGACGAAAUUGUUCAUCCUUGCAUGAAGCUCUUGACCAGCAAUACGCAAGUUGUUGCAACACAAUCAGCUCGAGCAUUGGGUGCCCUGUCACGACCAACCAACGCUAAAACUGCAAAUAAGAUGUCUUAUAUCACUGCAGGGGAUGUCAAACCCCUAAUUAACUUGGCAAAAACUUCUGCCGUUGAUUCUGCUGAGACUGCAGUUGCUGCACUGGCCAAUCUCCUCUCUGAUCCCCAGAUUGCUUCAGAAGCACUGGCUGAAGAUGUUGUUGUGGCUUUGACAAGAGUGCUGGGUGAUGGAACUUCAGAAGGGAAGAAGAAUGCAUCAAGGGCUCUUCAUCAAUUAUUAAAGCAUUUUCCAGUGGGUGAUGUGCUUGCAGGAAAUGCUCAGUAUCGCUUUGCUGUUCUUGCACUUGUUGAUUCCUUGAAUGCAAUGGAUAUGCAUGCUACUGAUGCUGCAGAUGUUUUAGAGGUUGUUGGUCUUUUAGCUAGAACAAAACAUGGUGUGAACUUUGCCUAUCCCUCAUGGUCUGCCCUUGCUGAGGUUCCCUCAAACUUAGAGCCUCUUAUACAAUGUCUUGCUGAGGGACCUCCUCUAUUGCAAGACAAGAUAAUAGAAAUAUUGUCUAGGCUUUGCAAGGAUCAACCAGUUAUGCUAGGUGAUUUAUUGGUUGCGAAGCCACAGUCUAUUGAUUCCCUAGCUAAUAGAAUAAUGAAUUCUGCUAGUUUGGAAGUUAAAGUUGGAGGAGCUGGAUUACUGAUCUGUGUUGUAAAAGAACACAAGCAACAGUCAGUUGAUAUGCUUGAUCAAUCAGGUUGCUUGAAUCCUCUAAUAUAUGCUUUGGUGGAUAUGGUAAAGGGGAACUCCAGUUGUUCUUUGGAAAUUGAAGUCAGAACUCCUAGAGGUUUUAUGGGAAGAACAGCAUUCCAGGAAGGGGAUGAGUUUGAUGUUCCUGAUCCUGCAACUAUCUUGGGUAGUACUGCUGCCUUGUGGUUAUUAUCAAUCAUUUCUUUUUCUCACCCAAAAACCAGGCUUACUACAAUGGAAGCUGGUGGACUUGACGCCCUCUCUGACAAGCUGGCAAGCUAUGCAUCCAAUUCGCAGGCAGAAUUUGAGGAUAUUGAAGGUAUAUGGAUUAAUGCCCUUCUACUGGCUAUUCUGUUCCAAGAUGCAAAUGUUGUUUUGUCUCCUGCAACCUUGUGCAUCAUUCCUUCACUAGCAAUUUUGUUGAGAUCUGAUGAAAUGAUCGAUAGAUUUUUUGCUGCCCAGGCAAUGGCUAGUCUUGUUUUUAAUGGAAGUAAGGGAAUAAAUCUUGCCAUUGCUAAUUCAGGUGCGGUUGCUGGAUUAAUUACAUUAAUUGGUUAUGUAGAAUCAGAUAUGCCAAACCUCAUUGCCCUGUCAGAAGAAUUUUCUCUUGUGAGAAAUCCUGGUCAAGCUGUUUUGGAACAGCUUUUUGAAAUUGAAGAUGUCAGAAUUGGCUCUACUGCACGCAAAUAUAUUCCUAUGUUGGUGGAUUUGUUGAGACCAAUACCGGAUAGACCUGGAGCCCCUCCAAUUGCUGUUCAACUCUUAACCCGCAUUGCAGAUGGAAGUGAUGCAAAUAAGUUAAUCAUGGCUGAAGCUGGAGCUCUUGAUGCCUUAACAAAAUACCUGUCUUUGAGCCCACAAGACUCAACAGAGGCCAUCAUAACUGAAUUACUCAGAAUAUUAUUUACCAAUCCUGAUCUUAUUCGAUAUGAAUCAUCGCUUAGUUCCUUGAAUCAACUUGUAGCUGUUCUACGCCUGGGUUCAAGAAAUGCCAGACUCAGUGCUGCAAGGGCUCUCCAUGAGCUCUUUGAUGCUGAUAAUAUUAGAGAUUCUGAACUAGCCAGGCAGGCUUUACAACCUCUCAUUGAUAUGCUUAAUUCUGCAUCAGAGAGUGAGCAGGAGGCUGCUCUUGUUGCCUUGUUCAAACUAACUUCAGGAAAUGUUUCAAAAGCUGCUAUGUUGGCUGAUACAGAAGGGAAUCUGCUUGAUAGUCUCUACAAAAUAUUAUCUUCUGCAUCAUCCUUAGAUUUGAAGAGAAAUGCUGCACAACUAUGUUUUAUUUUGUUUGGAAAUUCAAAAUACAGAGCAAGUCCGGUUGCUUCACAAUGCAUCCAGCACCUUAUAUUACUUAUGCAAUCUAAUAAGGAAACAGCUGUGGUAUCAGGGAUUUUUGCUUUUGAGAGAUUGUUGGAUGAUGAACAGCAAGUGGAGCUUGCAGCAAAAGACAAUAUUGUCGAUCUCCUCAUUGGCUUGGUUUCUGGGACAAACCUUCAGGUUAUUGAGUCCAGCAUAUGUGCCCUCAUAAAGUUGGGAAAAGACCGUACGCCGUGCAAGUUGGACAUGGUCAAAGCUGGGAUUAUUGAUAAUUGUCUUGAGUUACUCCCUGAUGCACCCAGUUCAUUAUGUUCCUCAAUUGCGGAGUUACUCCGCAUUUUAACAAACAGCAGUGCAAUUGCUAGGAGUUCAGAUGCUGCAAAAAUAGUUGAACCCCUUUUCCUGCUUUUGCUUCGUCCAGAUUUCAAUUUGUGGGGACAGCACAGUGCCUUGCAAGCACUUGUAAAUAUUUUGGAGAAGCCACAAAGUCUUGUAACUCUUAAACUGACUCCCAGUCAAGUCAUUCAACCUCUGAUUUCAUUUCUGGAAUCCCCAUCUCAAGAUAUCCAGCAGCUUGGCACAGAAUUGCUGACUCAUCUUCUUGCACAGGAACAUUUUCAGCAGGAUAUCACAACAAAAAAUGCAGCUGCACCACUUGUGCAGCUUGCGGGAAUUGGAAUAUUGAACCUGCAGCAAACAGCAAUAAAAGCUUUGGAAAAGAUCUCCAAAAGUUGGCCAAAGGCAGUUGCUGCCGCUGGAGGUAUUUUUGAACUCUCAAAGGUCAUUAUUCAAGAUGAUCCUCAACCUCCUCUUCCCCUUUGGGAAUCAGCUGCUUUGGUUCUCUCAAAUGUUUUGGGUUACAAUGCCAAGUACUAUUUUAAAGUUCCUUUGGUAGUUCUGGUGAAAAUGUUGCACUCCACAAUAGAAAGCACUAUUACAGUGGCUCUUAAUGGCUUAAUUGUUCAUGAAAGAAGUGAUGCUUCAAGUGCUGAACAGAUGACUGAAGCUGGUGCCAUAGAUGCUUUACUGGACCUACUAAGAUCUCAUCAGUGUGAAGAAGCAUCUGGAAGAUUACUGGAAGCUUUACUUAACAAUGUCAGUGUGCGAGAGAAGAAGGUUGCUAAAUAUGCGAUUGCACCCUUAUCACAGUAUUUGUUAGACCCACAGACCACAUCAGAAUCUGGAAGGCUUCUUGCAGCUCUAGCUCUUGGGGAUCUUUCCCAGCAUGAGGGACUGGCUAGAGCCAGUGACUCUGUUUCUGCAUGUCGUGCGCUGAUAAGCUUGCUUGAAGACCAACCAACAGAAGAAAUGACAAUGGUUGCAAUUUGUGCAUUGCAGAACUUUGUCAUGCGCAGCAGAACUAACAGGAGAGCUGUUGCUCAAGCAGGUGGCAUAUUAGUAAUUCAGGAACUGCUAUUGUCUCCUAAUGCAGAAAUUGCUGGGCAGGCAGCACUGCUGAUCAAAUUUCUCUUUUCCAAUCACACACUUCAAGAAUACGUAUCCAAUGAGCUCAUCAGAUCUCUAACGGCUGCCCUGGAGAGAGAACUAUGGUCCACUGCAACUAUCAAUGAGGAAGUUUUGAGAACUUUAAAUGUAAUAUUCACCAACUUUCCUAAACUCCAUAUUUCUGAAGCUGCUACCCUUUGUAUUCCUCGUCUAGUAGCAGCAUUGAAAUCUGGCAGUGAAGCUGCUCAGGAGUCUGUAUUGGAUACCCUCUGCUUGUUAAAACAUUCUUGGUCAACCAUGCCAAUAGAUAUCGCAAAGUCACAGGCCAUGAUUGCAGCUGAAGCAGUUCCUAUUUUGCAAAUGUUGAUGAAAACCUGCCCGCCAAGUUUCCAUGAGAGGGCUGACAGCUUGUUACACUGCUUACCAGGGUGUUUAACUGUUACUAUCACACGUGGUUAUAACCUAAAGCAGACCAUGGGAUCUACAAAUGCAUUUUGUCGGCUGACAAUAGGCAAUGGUCCUCCACGGCAAACUAAGGUUGUGAACCACAGUACUUCUCCUGAAUGGAAAGAAGGCUUUACAUGGGCUUUUGAUGUGCCUCCAAAGGGACAAAAACUACACAUCAUCUGCAAAAGCAAAAAUACCUUUGGAAAGACAACUCUUGGCAAAGUGACUAUCCAGAUUGACAAAGUUGUUAGUGAGGGAGGAUACAGUGGUGUAUUCAGCCUUAAUCAUGAUAGUAGCAAAGAUGGGUCCUCCAGGAAGCUUGAGAUAGAGAUUGUUUGGUCCAAUGGCAUGGCAAAUGAUGAUGACACAUAGAAGGUAUGAUUAUUUAUGCACAAGCAACUGCAGGAAAGCAAAGUGCACAACACUAUAUAUGGCCGUAGUUGGUUUGCUCGUGAGUAUUAAUCUUUGAAAGUCCAGUUUUGUAGUAAAUACUUAAGAUGUAAAGUGUAAAAUGUUUGAUUAAUUUAAAGUCAAGAGGGUGAAAAGGUUUUAGAAGUUUGUUGUACAGGUCAGUCUUUAGGGACUAGCGUGUAAAACAUGUUAAAAGAGGAAGGGAUCACCAUGAUGAGAAGAGGCCUUUUGCACGAAGUGCUGCCUACUUAUGUUCAUAUUGUGUUACUAUUUGGCUGCCCGCAUAAUUAAAACUCAGAAGAAGUUGUUCCUUAUUUUUGUUAUAUUGCUCCUCUAAUCUCUAAUUUUAGGAUCAAUCAAUACCGCUCUCAUCUUUAAUUUCACAAGUAAAACAGAGAGCCGUGCAUCAAAUCUUUGGUUCAAAUAUUUAGAUAGAUAGAGAGAACAUUUCCGGAUUUUAUCUGAAAAUAUGAGGCUAAAAUUGGAUACCAAUAAUUUAAAGAAAUGGUAUUCCCACAGAUGUGAAAAUGUGAUCUCAAACUUGCUUUAGAAUAAUGUCUCCCACAGAGCAAACUUGACAAACAUCUAAUUUGCUGCUGCUACAAGUGCAGAUCUAGCUCUUGUAAAUGUACUAAUGAGAGAUCCAAGUUGCAGUUUGUCAUUGCACCCAAAGCUCAACCGGUAUCUGCAAAUAUGGUAAACAAUGACCAAUGAAUGGGAUUGAAACUA